ACUAUUUAGCCGUCACUCUUCUUUUUUCUAUCUUUCCUUUUCUUUUGCCGUUUCUCUCUCUACAUAUCGAGAGACGAAAGCAGAAGCAGUCGUAGUACAACAACUAUAGCAAUAGCAAUGGCGGAAGUCGAAAAAACCCUAACCCUAGCACAGCAAUAUGCACUAGAGAAAGAGGAAUCGUCAAAUCCUGGUAAGAUCGCUGCCGAAGCAACUGUGGUUGUGAAUCCAACUAAUGCCGCUGCUGAGGAGAAGAUUGUUGUGACCCCAGCAGACAAUGCUGAUGAGGUAGCUAUUGAGACACCAUCAACUGCUGUAUCUGAGGAUGCUGCGCCUGAUAAUACAACAAAUACUGCUUCUGAAGAAGUCGUGUCCGAGAGUUCAGACAAUCCAGUGACUGAGGAAGCUGUUUCUGAGAAUUCUGAUGAAACAGUUGCUGCUGAAGAAAGUGUUGAAGCUCCUGAAGAGGCCGAGGAAGAAAAACCAGAAAUAAAGCUUGAAACAGCACCAGUGGAUUUCCGUUUCCCAACCACAAAUCAAUCAAGACAUUGCUUUACCCGCUAUGUCGAGUACCAUAGGUGUGUUGCUGCGAAAGGAGAUGAUGCUCCAGAGUGCGACAAGUUUGCUAAGUAUUACCGUGCACUUUGCCCUGGAGAAUGGGUAGAUAGAUGGAAUGAGCAGAGAGAGAAUGGAACUUUCCCUGGUCCUUUGUAGAGAGGUAUUCAGUUAUACAAAGUACAGUGUCGUUUGGGCCGUGAUAGAAUUCUUGUCUAGAAACAUGAGAAGAAGACGGAAGGCAACAACUGUCUUAAAUAUGAGUUCUACGAAUAAUAUUUUUUUUGAAUGUUGACUGUGCACUGAUUUUGCUGCCCUAAAUGUAAGGGAAAUUUUUUUUGGCAUAAGCAGAGCUCAUACAUAAGAUUAACUCUUUUAAUAAAACCUAAGCUUUGUUGUCGAACCUCUAUUUUAUAUUUAAAACAGUCUAUUUUUAUAUUUCUA